UCGUGAUGUGACGUCACGGGGAGGUGUCGAGCGUUUCCUGUUGAGGAAGUGACCAGCUCUGCUGCUCAACUGCAAUGACAGCCUGAUUUUCACACAAUUAUCCUCACAUUUGUGUUUCAUUUUCGCCGUAACAUCGAAAAAUAAUGGCAGACACUGGAAACCGUUUGCGUAAGUUGCUGGAAUCGCCUAAUUUUGAUCCUCAGUCGUACGUGAAGCAGCUCUCGCAGCAGUCGGACGGGGACCGCGAUCUACAAGAACACCGUCAGAAAAUACAAACACUCGCCGACGAAACCGCGCAAAACCUGAAGAAAAAUGUUUAUAAAAACUACAGGCAGUUUAUUGAAACAGCCAAGGAGAUUUCUUACUUGGAAAGUGAGAUGUAUCAGCUGAGCCACAUCCUCACUGAGCAGAAGAGCAUCAUGGAGAGCAUAACACAGUCUCUCCUGUCCACAGAUAAAGACCAAGCGGCCAAAGAGAUGCUCGCAGCCUUCCCAAAGGACACCGAAGAGGUCAAACAAAGAACCCUCACCACUCUUUUGGAAAAAGUGGAGGGAUGCAAGAACAUCAUGGAAACCCCGGGCAGAUAUCUGGUCUAUAACGGGGAUCUUCUGGAGUAUGACGCAGACAACAUGUCACAGAUCCAAAAGGUUCACGCCUUUCUGAUGAACGAUUGCCUGCUCAUCGCAACCUGGCUUCCCAACAGACGCGGAGCCGUCAAAUACAAAUACAACGCCUUGUAUGACCUACAAAGCUUCGCGGUCGUGAACGUAAAAGACAACCCUCCGAUGAAAGACAUGUUCAAGAUCCUCAUGUUCCCCGAGAUCCGCAUCUUCAAAGCCGAGAACAGCAAGAUCAAGAAAGAGUGGCUGGAGAUUCUGGAGGAAACGAAGAAAAACAAAGUGGCGAAAGAUAAAAACAUAAAGGAGGAGGAAGUACCAACGUCGCCGGUCAGACAGGAAGUCUCCUCGAACCCAUUCGAUGAGGACGAGCCUCUGGGUUCGGAGGAACUGGUGGAUCUGAGUCCCGAAUGGAUCCAGGAGCUUCCAGAAGACCUUGACGUGUGCAUCGCUCAGAGAGACUUCGAGGGUGCUGUUGAUCUUCUGGAUAAGCUAAACGAAUAUCUGAAGGAGCAGCCGGUGAGUCCACGAGUGAAGGAGCUGAGGAGGAAGGUGGAUGAGCGUGUUCGACAGCUGACCGAGGUCCUGGUGUUCGAACUCUCGCCGGAUCGCUCGCUCCGUGGAGGACCGAAAGCCACACGGCGCGCCGUCUCUCAGCUCGUCCGCCUGGGACAGUCCACGAAAGCCUGUGAGCUGUUUUUGAAAAACAGAGCAGUGGCCGUCCACACCGCUGUCAGGCAGCUUCGCAUCGAGGGCGCCACGCUGCUUUACAUCCAAAAGCUCUGCAACAUCUUCUUCACGAGCCUGCUUGAAACCGCCAGGGAGUUUGAGACCGAUUUCGCAGGCAACACUGGCUGCUACUCCGCCUUCGUGGUCUGGUCUCGCUCGGUGAUGAAGAUGUUCGUAGAUGCCUUCAGCAAGCAGGUGUUUGACAGCAAAGAGAGCUUGUCCACCGCUGCGGAGUGCGUGAAGUUCGCCGGCGAGCACUGCAUGCAGCUGAGCGAGAUCGGCUUGGACCUGACCUUCAUCUUGCAGUCGUUACUCGUGAAAGACAUCAGGGCCGCUCUCCAAAGCCAGAAGGACAUCAUCAUAGAAGCAACGAGGCAUCGUAACUCCGAGGAGAUGUGGCGUAGGAUGAACCUCAUGACCCCUGAAGCUCUGGCCAAGCUCAAGGACGAAAUGCGCAGCUGUGGGAUCAGCAGUUUCGACCAGUAUACGGGAGAAGACUGCUGGGUCAACCUGAGCUACACCAUUGUGGCCUUCACCAAGCAGAUGAUGGCCUUCCUGGAGGAAGGGCUGAAGCUGUACUUCCCCGAGCUGCACAUGGUGUUUCUGGAGAGCCUGCGGGAGAUCAUACUGGUGGCGGUGCAGCAUGUGGACUACAGCCUGCGCUGCGAGCAGGAGGCCGAGAAAAAGGCCUUUAUUCUGCAGAACGCGUCGUUCCUGCACGAGACGGUGCUUCCUGUUGUGGAGAUGCGGUUUGAGGAGGGAGUCGGGAAACCAGCCAAACAGCUCCAGGAUCUGAGGAAGAGCUCGCGUCCCGUCAGGGUCAACCCCGAGAGCACCAUGUCUCUCGUCUAAAAGACAGGAGUUGGGACGUGAAAGAAGGAGACUAACUAGAGGUCUUCAAAUCUCAAGACGUUUCGCUACAUUGCACUCAUGUGACUCAUUUUUGGUGUUGCGAUGCACUCCUAACCACUCACACUCUUUAAAGGAAUAGUUCACUGAAAAUAAAAAUCUGUCUUUUUUUUUUACUCCCCUUUAUGUCAACCCUUUAUGUUGUUGUACACAGAGCACAAAAGGAGAAUUAAAAAAAUCCAACUGCAGAAGAAUAAAAUAAGAUUCAGAAUAAAACAUUCAAUUCAGACUUUUCUUGCUAUUCUGAGAAAAAGAAAAAAAAGGCAAGAUAUAGACAGAGUUGUGAGAUAUAAAUUAAUGUGAGUUGUAAAGUGAAAUGUAAAACAGUCCUGUGACUGAUGGCAAAUUUGUAUCUCAGUUCUGACAAUUUUCUCACAGUUGCAGAGUUUAUAUCCCCACAAUUCUUGCUUUUCUUCUCAGAAUAGUGAGUUUAUAUUUCAUAAUUGUGAGUUUAUUGUAUUAAAAUGUAAAGUUAACAUCUCAAUUUUGAGUUAACAUUUUGAAAUUCAGACUUUUUGCGAGUUUAUAUUGCGAACUGUUUUUCUCAGAAGUGAGAAUUGUGAGGAAAAAUUGUAAUUGCCUUUUUUGUUUUAUUCUGUGGCAGAAAACAGGCUUCUAUGUAAAACCAAAUGGCAACUGUAUAACACUUAAAUGUAGUAAUAUUUAGUGUAUUAAUUGUGCUUUGUAGAGAGAUCAGCUGUUGGUUCUUUAAUCAUUUAUUAAGAACAGUAUGUUAUUAAAGUAAAUGGAAAUUAAGAUUGCCCUAUUCAACUUUAAAUAAAUACAUUUAAUUUGUAAUUUCAAUCAAACAAGACAGACGUAAAGAUGAAAACACUUAUACUGCUUUCUUUUAAGUGUUAUUUCUGUACACAUAAACUCUUGGUUUUAAAAAAGCAAGGUGCAUUAAACUGACUUAACAUGAA